CACGUACAAAAACACUAAAUACACCUGUCGGGUCAUACUAGCUUCUAUGGUACGGUACCAGUCAUUGUUAUGUGCGUGCAUGCUCGGCAACAUCUCUCAACGAUGCGAUUCUCACACAAAAUCGAACGAGCCCACCUUGCUAGCUUGACUUCAAACUAACUCACAACAAAAGAUAAAAACAAAGGAUAAAAACGAAACCAAAACCAUGAAGCUCUCUCUAGCAUCCAUCGUUCUCCUCUCCAUUGGAGCGACGGCGAAAGCCGACUUGUACUCCGACGUGGCUUUUGACAACCUCGCUGCUGCUGCUGCCUUCUGCGAGGCGAAGGGAGAGGUGCUUGCCACUCAAAACGAGUGGUGUGCUUACGCCACCAACAACGCCGGUGUGAACUACGGAUUGACUUUUUUUGGUGCUGACAAAGACUGUGGUGAUGUCGAGAACUCCUGCGGGAUCGAGAAAACUAAGAUUCCAGUCUGUCGCCUCGUCCCUGGCGCCUCUCGUAGGAAUCCCUACACACUUGCUUAUGUUGAAAUGAAAGAUGAUAUGCAGGCAGGGGAUGUCUUACCUGGUCAUAUAAUCAAGGGGGGUCGCGGAGAUUCUGUCGUUAAUGAUGAUUGUACGCUCUCGGCUAUGAGCAGAAUACAGGUAACCAGUGAAGCGGUCCUUCCUGCCGGGGUCUGUAAGGCUCCUGUCGAUAGCAUCCUUUGUGUUUCCGUCCCAACCGACCCAGCGCCAACGACACCAGCGAACGAACGAUCAGGACCAAUUGACGACACCUUCACCACAAAAUCGUCUCCUGGAGCCAAGGGUGAUCCUCAUUUCAAAACCCACGGAGGAGAGAUGUACGACUUCCAUGGUGGUUGUGAUCUUGUGUUGGUUGACCACCCUGCCUACAAAAAUGGACAAGGUUUGACUAUCCACAUCCGUACCAAGAUCGAGACAUGGUGGUCCUACAUCGAUACUGCCGUCCUCAAGAUUGGAGAAGAAACUCUCGAGCUGACAGGCAAUGCUCAAGAAGAAGGGCUCUGGGUUAAUGGAGCGGCCAUUAUUACUGAUACCAACGAUGAGUGGAACUUCAGCAAGUUCGCCGGAUAUGUUCUCCGGUACAAAUCCGUAACGGCUAACGACCGCAUUCGUCGCGAAGCCCACCUUCAUUUGGGAAAUGGCGAGAAGAUCCUGUUCAAGACCUUUGCUGACUUUGUCAAGGUUGAGUUCAUGAACGAAAGCGACAACACUCUCAAGGGAUCCUUGGGAUUGUUGGGAACCUACCCCGAAGGUCAGCGUGUGGGACGUGACGGAGCUACCAUGAUGGAAGAUGUCAACAUGUUUGGACAGGAGUGGCAAGUCAAGCCUGACGAACCCAAGUUGUUCCACAGCUACACGGCUGACUGGGUUGUUGCUGCCGGACAAGCUUGCGCAAUGCCUGUUGAUACUCUUGAAAAAAGCCAACUUCGCAAGCGUCGUCUUGCCAACGGCCUUGUUAAAGACGAGAUUGAGAAGGCCUGCGCUCAUCUCAAGGACCCAUCCGAUCACAAGGCUUGUGUCUUUGAUGUGAUUGCCACCCAGGAUAUCACGAUGGCUGGUGCCUGGUAAAUGAAUGGUGCUGUAGCGAACUGAGGAUGCAUGUGCCCACUGGGAGGAAGACAAGGAAGACUGUGUUUUUGAUGUCAUUGCCACCCGUAAUGUUUUGGUGGCUGAAGAAGGUCAUUUGGUUAACAUUGAGUAAGCUAAGCAAAACUCUUUGGUUGACUUGACCUUUUAACGGGACGUCUCGUUACAGCUAGCUAGAUUGCAUAAUUCAUAAUAUGAUAACUGAAUAAAAAGCGAGAACCUUUCAAUAGUAACGACUUCGCU